AUGAGCAUAGGGAAGGAUCAGGACUUGAACGAUGCGUUAGCAGUGGUUCCGUCCUGUUCCUCGUCUAUUCUCAACACGCCGACUCGUUGUGAGUCGACGGUCGACGAAAGUGACGGAAUAACCGUCAUAAUCAGCCGGUCACAGCCAUCGGAGUGGCGAUGGCUGCUAACCAAGUUCAAUGUAGCAGACCAAUUGACCAAGUGGAACAAAGGCCCACAGCUGGUUUCUUGGUUCCGGGGUCCACAUUUUUUGUAUGGAACAGAGUCUGAGUGGCCGCAGCAUCGAUCCACGAAACCGAAUGUAGAAGAAGAGAUGCGAACGACGUUCUUGUUACACGACAUCAAAAUACAAGCUCAGUUAGUGGACGUAUCCAGAUUUUCCAAGUGGAACGUGCUCAUCAAAACGCUGGCAUGUGUGAAGAGGUUUAUCGAGAACCUACGGGCAAAGAGGCUAGGAAAAGCUAUCGAAACAGUUGCAGCAUCAACGAACGUCAAAGCAUUGGUCAUGACGAAGCAGCUGAUGAUCGUGAAACCAUUGACCCGUGAGGAGUAUCAAGUGGCAGAGAGAGCGCUGUUGAAGCUUGCUCAGGUUGAAGCGUUCCCGGACGAGGUUAGAGUUUUGCUGAAGAGUCGUCGCACAGAGGGAUCAACUGGAGCCAAACUCGAGAAGAGCAGUCCUCUCUACAAAGUGUCGCCGAUGUUAGAUGAGUUCGAUGUGAUCAGAAUGGAAAGAAGAUUGUCGACAGCUGAGUUUCUUCCGUUCGAACUGCGUUUCCCGAUAGUGCUACCGAAGGGCCACCAUAUCACACGGAAACUUCUGGAACAUUACCAUCAAAAGUUCGGCCACGCAGGACGAGAGACGGUUACUAACGAAGUACGCCAGAGGUUCUAUAUACCACAUCUUCGAGCCGAAGUCAGGAAGGUGAUGGAUAGCUGUAUGUGGUGCAAAACUAGAAAAUGCAAACCGGAAGCACCAAGGAUGGCACCGUUACCUGUGCAACGCGUAACUCCCAAUCGUCGUCCGUUCAGCUUUACUGGGGUGGACUUCUUCGGUCCUUUGCAGGUUACCGUUGGUCGGCGUGUAGAGAAGCGAUGGGUGGCAUUGUUUACCUGCCUUGUCACUAGAGCAAUCCACCUACAAGUAGCCCAUAGUUUGUCAAGUCAGGCAUGCUUGAUGGCGAUCCGGCGUUUUGCGUGUCGAAGAGGAAUGCCAACGGAGUUUUUCUCAGACAAUGGAACGAACUUCGUAGCGGCGAGUAAGGAGGUGAUGAAGAACAUCGGUAUGAGCUGUAGCGAAGUAUUCAAGGAUGCGAGAACGAGAUGGAACUUCAAUCCACCAGCAGCCCCCCAUAUGGGCGGGGCUUGGGAACGACUGGUGCGAUCAGCGAAAGAAGCAUUAUCAGCGAUGGACGACGGGCGAACGAGGUAUUGCUGA